UGCGGAAGUAAAGUGCUACUUGCAGUUUGCAAUGCAGCAAAUGUUAUGAUAAUGAAAUUACACAUAUCUGCGACACAAAAUACGACGCAUGAGGCUGGUUUGAAUUAUCAUAUAAUUUUAUGUCAAGUUCAGGCAUUACACGAUAGCAAGCACACACUGAAAAGACAUAGCGAUGAGAAGUGGGAAUCGAUCUCCUAGAGUCUCAGUUUCAAGUAGGUCUGAAGCGUCGUUUAAACAUUGUUCUAGGAGGAAGUAAAUUUAGAGCAUUUUAUACCAACCUACGUGUCUGUUGAUAUAGGCAUCCAUUACUGUCUGGCAUUAUGUGACCGGCAUGUGAGGUAUUGGUCUAAUCAUCUCUCGUUUUAUAUAUGUAACGUUUAUGUGUUUUUGUACCUGUUAUAUAGUAAGUUUGCAUGUGCCAUAGGAUUUUAAUGUACUAUUAUUGAAAGGUAAAAAUGCUGACCAGUGACUAUGCACUACGUAUGGUGAAAAGUAUUCCCUGUCCCUAAAAUCACCAUGAUCCUCGUGACAGAGGAUAUUUCUCUCUGCUGUCUUACCAAGGGCUGUUUGACGUUAAUCUUUUUGUUCAUUUUUGUUGUUGGUUUUUUUUGAGAACAAUUAUUUAGAUACUCAUGUCAUUUAAAAAUCCUCCAAAUUUCAAUAUCAAUGACAACAGCAGUGUGACAAUAUUGCUGUGUCGCAUAAUUUAUAUUCCAGGUAUUUCGCACUCCGGUCUUCAAUACCAUCUCUGCCUCACGAUGAGUAUGGAUAAUAUCAUAAAACAGGGCUAUCUAAAGAAAGCACAUCCAACAUCGCCAUCAUCAACUGGUGCCAGUUUUGCCACCAGCAUAAAGCAGCUGUUUGAACCCCAAAGAUGGUAUGUGUUUGGAAUGAAGGUAGGAAUCCCCUACUUGGAAUAUUAUGAUAAAGAGGAGAGUGCCUUCUCAGGGGAGCCUAUCCAUUCCUACAGCAUGGCUAACUGUAAGCGCAUCACCUACACCAUGGGGCGGCUUAACAAAGUGUGGACUUUCUGUGUCUUCUUAGAGGACCGGAUACUGGAACUGACAGCUGAUUCUAGGGACAGUAUGUUGUCAUGGUGCCGGAUUCUAGAAAGAACUCUACACGCCUUUGGAAAUUUAAGGAAGACUAGCAGUGAACAUGUGUACAGUGCCUAUCCUGUCAGAAGACCCCCCAGGAAGAGUCUUCCAGACACACCCCCUGGCUCCCCAGAGCCUCGAGGGGCAGAAGCUCUCCCUCUCCCCACUAACAGCCACGGGGAAAACAGUGAGAGGGAGGAGAUAUUUGAGAGUCAGUGUAGCUUGAUGGACUCUUUACGUAACUCAGAUGGGGCUAAUAAAAGAAUUCGGAAAGUGCAACAUUAUACUGAAUCGGACUCCAGUGGCAGUGAACCGGAUACGACUGGUGAUGAGGACUUUGUAGAAGAAGAUUUCUUUCUAAACAAUAAAAAAUUACAGAAAUCUCCUGCAGUCCAGCGGCGGUUCAGAGAUGAUUUGGGAAUAAGAAAAAGCCCCACCCCUCAACCAGUGCGACCAGUGUCAAUGAUUAAUUAUCCGCCAUCUUUUAACAUUUAUGAAAAUUACAAUCCAGAUGGCCUGUUAGAUGGUAGGUUGAAUUUACCAAAUCAGUCUUCCAAAGGUGCCAGACGAAAGGAAACCACACCUCCCCAGCAACUUACAAGAAAUGAAAACUACAGCUUCGUGAGGCGACCACGGAUGUGUAGUGGUGAUGUUCCCACUGAUCCAGAUGAGAACUACGAAUUAGCAAAAAUUCCAUUCCAUGAGGAUAUUAAAGCUCCAGAGAGACCCACAAGUGAUCCAUAUUUACAAAUGUGUGAUGCUAACAAGAGCAAAUUGCUUUCCAAGCAGUCCUCCAAGAUACUUGAUUUAGAUGAUGGUUAUCAAGUGAUAAGAUCUGAAGAUGGCGAUCCCAACAUGUUGGCUGAUUAUGAAUUUAUGAGUAGUGAUUUGAAAAAUUUAAGAGUGUCUCUACCCCCUUCAGAACCGAAACGUCAUAGUGGACUUAGUGACGCAAGCACACCAACAAACAGGGACAGUGGAAGUGUGUUCAUUUUAUCCAGAGACUCGUCAUCCAAAGAGGAGAACAUGUAUGCUCCAUUCCCAUUGUCUGAUUCCCAGAAUUCCACAGCCAAUAUGGAUGGCAUUCCCAGUCUUCCUCCACCGAGGUCUAGUGGCAGUGACUCUCCAAAAUGUUCUAGUCCCGAAAAACCAACACGGCACAAAAUGCGUGUGGUGUCCCCAACAUCUUCAAACAAGAAUUCCAAAGAACCCGACACAUCCAGGUUAACCAAUCCCAUCCCUCCUCCCCUGGAUUCUAUUCCAGUCAGGAAAACUUUACAAGAUACAACAACACAGGAUAACUUACAAAGCGGUGUCCUUCAUCCCACACCUGGUGAACAUAUACAAAGUCUUUCAGAUUCACCAAGGCUUGAUGAUCCGGAUAAAGGCAAUUUUUACUCUGUACAACCUUUACCACCCAAAAGGAAAAAUAUCCCUCCUCCAACAGAUUAUGCAUAUGUUACCCCAAAAGCAGAGGACAAGAUAGAAAUCCCCCUUCUUCCACCUCCCCGGAGACAGUCAUCCCAAAGACAAGCGGGGAAAGGAGUGAGUUCUCCACCUCAACAAUCGUUUAAGUUCAAACCAGGCAGGUCAGACCUAACAACUGAAAACGAAAGUGACAGUGAUGAAUAUGAGGAUGCUAUCACAACGAAUGGACAACCCCCACGACCUCCACCACGGGGUUCAAAUAGACCCAACUUGAAUAAAUCAAAAAGUUGCCACACUGCAGAAGAGAAACAAGAUGACAUUCCAAGACCAAAGAGUUCUGUGGUAAGACAGCAAUCUCUACAGGAACGCCAGCGAAUCAGUCAGACCCUCGGGGUUAUCAACGUGGUCCCCCUAAAACAGAGUCAGGUGGAAAUCUUACAGCAGGAACAGAGGCACCCAUUCAUCAAUAUCACCAUCAACAGGGCCUGGGGAACAAAGAUCGGCCUCGUGGACUGUUUCGACAAAAUCUGGAUUGCUGGAUGGGAUAUGAAAACGUGCCCUCGAUUAAGUGAUAAAGUACACAUAGGAGACCAACUACUGAAAAUCAAUGACAAAAAGGUUAAAAAUAGUACAGAUGCACAAAGAAUGUAUAAAAUUGCUGAGGAAACCGUGACUCUGACAGUACAUAGACUUCCCUAUGCUCAAGUGAUAGCCAUACAUCGACAGGAAAACAAGCAACCAAUCGGAAUCCAGAGGGAAGGUGGAACAUCAAAGAUAGUGUAUGUUGAUCCAAAUGGCCUGGCUGCAAAGCAUGGUCUUCAACAGAGAGCGCGUUCUGUACUGGUGGGGAGUGAAUUCUGUUUUUGGUGCCUGACUGAAAUCAACAGUCGUCCAUUAGACCUGUCUUUCAAGGGGAAUGAGAUUGACCAUUUGUUAAGCGCCGUGGGGAAGGACAUCUCCGUUGUUGUACAACCAGAAGAUUUUGUCAAAGAAUUGAAGAAACAGCUGAAGAAGCUAAAAAACUACAAGGAUCUGUUAAUGAAGUAUUAGUCCAUGCCAAAUUAUGUCAAGAUGUUUAAUUCAUUCUGAAUUCCAUGCCAAAUAAUGUGAAGAUGUUUGAUUCAUUCUGAAUUCCAAUUUAUUUCAAUAUGUAUGUCUUCAAAUCUUUAAAAUGGCCCUUUUUAUUGUUAAUGUGGUAUAGAAUGUAGUAAAUUAUCUCAAAAAUACAUAAGAUUACAUGUUGUAGACUUCAUUAUUAGAAUGUUGUAGAACAGUCACAUCGAAAGUAGAAAUUUAGAGACAAUAUUGUUAAUUUAUAGUCUUCAUGAUAAUCUGUACAUAUAUGAGAAUGUGGUAAUAGAAAUGAAUAUAAUUUGCAAUUAAUUGCAUGGAAGACAUUAUCAGCAUAAUACAUUCAUUUUUUAAAUAUUUUAAAUUUUAAGAAUUCAAGGAUGACGUACCUACAUGUAAUUAGAAAAAAAUUGAGCUUAGUACAGAAGCCUGCACUGGUGCUCAACAUAUGAUUUUUGUUUUGCAGGGUGAAUUUUUGGUUUUAUCAUAUUGAAAUAAGUUUUAAUAUUCGAUCAUGGAUAUUGUUUAAUUAGUAAAUAAUAUAUUUGCGAAAAUACAACUAAUUCCUGUUUUAUAUAUAUAUUAAAAUUUCAGUGAAAUCUAGCUCUGUUAAAGAAAAAUUAGAUUUGUCAUCCUUGAUAAAUAUCAAUGGUCUCAUGUUGCAUGCUUUCAACAAUCACAUACCCGGUAAUGAUUUUAUGCCUCGUUCACACGGAGAGUUUGAUGUAAAUCAAAUAUUUUAAUUUGCAUUAGAUUUGCAUCACGUUCACAUUUUUGCAAAUUGAAUUUUUAUCAAGCAUUGCAUAUUAAUUUAAGGGAAUAUGCAACUCAGACUUCAUGUGAAAAUUGGAUAAGUCUUUGAAAAUUCAAAGAAAAUUUUCUUUUCUUUUAUUUAUUGAAAUUUUAUUUCAAUAGCAUGUGUACUCACAAGUGUGCAAAAUAAAACUGAUCUCUAUUUGUCUAAUCCAUCAGCAACCAAAACUGAACUGUAAAAAUCUGUAGAGCACAUUUUAGACAUUCAGAGUUACACACAUUUAGUAAUUGAAAACACUGUAUGCUGGUAUGUAUAUGUGUAGUAGGAAGAAGCUAGUAUUUAAAUACACUGUAACAAAGGGAGAUAAGUUUCACCCCAAAUAUUUCCUGUAAUCGGUGAUUUCAGCACUGAACCCUGUGGUAUCUUAGUGAUUUUUGAUAUACGGGUUAUUAUGAUUUCUCAAAAACUUCAUUUUGUUAGAAAACAAUGUAGAUUCAUUUGACUACUAAUAAAUACCAUUUUAAUCUGCUAUAUAUAGACAUUAAUCAUAGAAUGAAUGGGAUGUAAAUCUAUUUCACAGCAUUUUAAUACCAAUUUGAAGUAAAGUAAACUUUUACUUGUGCAUUCGUGUGAACGAGGCUUUGAUUUACAAUGUAGAGUAUCCAUCCAUUGUCCUUUGCUAAUCAUAGAGCAUUUUCUAUUUGUGUAUAAGAUGAUUUGCAUACAUUCAAUGGUUGCCAUAUUAUUUUUGAGCCUACAAAUUUUACUUGCUUUCUAGCUGGUAUUGUCAUUGGUGCUAUGGAUGUGUUAUAGAUCUUACAAAAAUUAAAAUGGAUGUAUACAACAGUAAUGCGAACGCAUGUACUUAAUAACCUUCUCUCCGUCUCUGUGAUUGGUCGUGAUUCAUGAAGUGCUCAGUAUUUUACUACUAUGAUAUGGACUAUUUUGAUAGAAUUACUUGUAUAUUGAGAUCUGCCUUAUAUCUGAGUUUGUUUCGCCUUCAUUAUUAUUGUAUUUUUUGUUUUCAUUUUUCUCUAGCUUUUGUGGUAUUUGUAGUCAUAGUACAUUUCUGUAACAAAAACAACUAUACUGCUGGCAUUUUUAACAUAUAUUUUCUGUGUGGUUUUCACACAAAGAUGCUGUUAGUUUCAGUUUUUUUUUGUUUUUUUUUUUUAGAUAUUAAUACAUUAUUUAUGGAAUAGAGCACAGAUCAGAGGUUUUUUUCAAAUGGAGAGAUGAAAUAAUGCACUGAAGUACAUGUUGUUAUGGUCAUGUUGUUUUAUAUAUAUGUUUUGUUUAUAUGUGGAUGAGAUUUUGAACCUGUCCACUAUAAGAUGAUGUUCUCUCCGUGAAUAUUUAAUCUAUCAGUAAAUGUCCAUUGUAUCAAUGAAUGUGCAAUGUCUCACUAGUAAAGUCUACUCUAGCAGUGAAUGCCCACUUUAUCGGUGAUUAUGUCCUCUUCAUCUGUGAUUCUGUCCACUUUAUCUGUGAUUAUGCCCACUCUGUAAGUAAAAAUACACUAAAAAUCGUUAAAUUUAGCUUGAAUCAAAGAAAGCUUACCUGUAUAUUUAAAGCAUACUUAAAAAUUAUUCUCAUAUAAAAUGAUUAUCACAUUCACUCCUACCAUAUAGUGAUAUUACGUGUAUAAUAUUCUAUCCAUUGUUGCAGACCAUGGGCAGAAUGUAGGGGGGGGGGGGGGGGGGAGGGGGGGUGAAGAAGUGUCUGAUAUGGUGAUGCAAUAUUUCAUUCACCAUACUGAUUAAUGGGUGGUUUGGUUUAUUUAGACAAUUUAUUUAUUGCUUUAUGAAUCCUAUAAUGUGAACUGUUAUGUUGCUAACACUGUUUUUUUAGAAGUUUUUGUGUACUGACAAUGCAGUCAGUGUUUGCAUCUUGUAUCGAUGUGCUAUAUGCUGGCCAUCUAGUAAUAAGAUACAAGGUUUGUGAUUGGAUGAUAACAGAUUAAUUAUACUGGUUGGUGUGAGCCAGCACUAACAGAUUCAAGUUGAUGAAUCAAGUCGUGUGUUGGUGAAAAGAAAGCAGAUUUAUAAACAUGUUGAGUAUGUGUAUUCGUGAAUAAGUUUGCCAUUUUUUGGAAAUUAUAGAUGUCAGGACAAGUUCGUAGAAAUACAACCAUAUAGACACAAAUUUGAUAUUUAGAUGUACGCUAUUUGUAAGGUGGUAUACCUAAUGGAUCUAAAACUGAUUUGAUUAUCACAAUUUCUGUAAGUUUAUGAUCAUUUCUGAAAAUAAUAAAAAAUAUAACGAGCUA